AAUAAUUGAAAUGAGCAUGUACAUUGUGUGUCGAGUAAAAGGAGCCUUGCUUUUACACUGAUCCCGAGGGUGAAGAAGCCUCAACAAACCCUUCCCCUUACUUUUGUUUCUAACUCGUAAAAGAUUCGUUUGUUGAGAGAAAACAAGAGAGAAUGAGUGUGUUGCAUAAGCAUGGUGGUGAUGUUGAUCGAAAAGAGAGAGGAGGGAGGCCCGGAAAGAUGAGCAAUGUGGGUUUAGAUGGUUUUGUUCAAGAAAAGCAGAGGGUUGUUCUUGAUUUGGAAGAGAUUGUUAGGGCUUCUUUGAAGAGAUGUUCUGAUUUGGGUGGGAAGGAUAUCGUUGUUAUUAGUAGCAGUGAUGAUGAUGAUGGUGGUGGUGGUGGUGGUGGUGGUGAUGGUGGUGGUUGUGGUGAUGAUGGUGGUGGUUGUGGUGGGAAUGUACUUCCUGGGAAGGUGGAUGAGGGGGACAAGGGGCUGGCCGGAAUGAGUAAUGAAAAUGAUGAUAAUAAUGGCAACAUAGGAGGCGAAGCUCCGAAUAUCGAGGAAAGUGGUGCCCCAACUAGCCCUAGUCCAGGAGGAAGAGAUGAAGUUUGUAAUAGUGUUAAGAAAGCUAAAGUAAAUCUACAAGGCACUGGGAUAAGGAGGACUCAUAAGGGAAUAGGAGGGUAUACUGAAUUAGUUGAGCAGUAUUUUCAGGAGGAUGAUCAAUCGCGGCGGAGAAAACGCAAUAAGACUUCAAUUAUUAAAACUAGGAGGCCAAGUACUAGUAGGAGCAAUAAGGAAGCUUGUAGAGGUGAAGAUGGUCCGGUUGGAGCUGCAGCUUCUACAACUCCCCAUGCUGUGCAAAAGCCCAAGGGAACUGCAAAAAUAGAUGAGAAUGGGUAUUCACUAUCAAAUAUGUGCCAUCAGUGCCAGAGGAAUGACAAUGGCCAGACUGUGACAUGCACUAAUUGUAGACGGAAGCGAUAUUGUGUUCCCUGUAUGACGAAAUGGUACCCUAAGAUGACUGAAGAAGAUUUUGCUAGGCUCUGCCCUGUUUGUCAAGUGAACUGUAACUGCAAACGCUGCUUGCGGCUAGAGGUCCCCAAAAAGGACAAGGAAAUAUUUGAUUUGAAGUUUACCACUGAAGAAAAAGUUCAAUACUCUAAGUAUAUAAUUCGGAUGCUUCUCCCAUUUCUGAAAGAAUUCAAUGAGAAACAGAAAAGGGAGAAACAGAUAGAAGCUAAAAUUCAAGGGUUAUCUUAUUUAAAGUUAGAAGUGAAAAAGGCAAAAUGUGGGUCAGAUGAGCGUCUGUAUUGUGACAAUUGUAGAACUUCUAUUGCUGAUUUUCACAGAAGUUGUUCAAGUUGCGAGUAUGAUCUUUGCCUGAUGUGUUGUCAGGAGUUCCGUGAUGGCCGCCUGCAAGGGUCUGAAGAGGAAGUCAUUUUCCAAUUUGAAGACCCAGGGUCCCCAUACAUGCAUGGUAUAGGUAAACCAAAGUCAAAUAUAAUUAGUGGCAGUGGUGAAGGUUGUCAUCAGAAGUCAACACUGGGCAUACCAAAUGAAACUAGUGACAAGGAUCAUUUGAAGUCAUUAGCACAGUGGAAACCCCAUAAAGAUGAUAGAAUCCCUUGCCCCCCAAAAACUUUUGGUGGUUGCGGUGAAGGCAUAUUAGAGUUGAAGUGUAUACUCAAACAGGAUUCUGUUUGCAACUUGCUGGUUGCUGCUGAGGAACUUUCAGAUAAACACAAACUCAUCCUUGAAACUCAUGGGCAAAAGUGCUUCUGUUUUGAUUUGGAGAGUGAAAUUGGCAUUGACAAGAUGAAUCUACUGAAAGCUGCAUCUCGAGAAGGUUCCAGUGACAACUAUCUGUACUGUCCUACUGCUCAAGCCAGGGACUUGAGUCAUUUUCAGUACCAUUGGCUCAAAGGAGAACCUAUUAUUGUCAAUAAUGUGCUUCAGUCAACACGUGGUUUAAGUUGGGAACCAAUGGUCAUGUGGCGCGCAUUUCGUCAAAUUAAAAACCAGAAUUAUUCCCAGCGACUGAAUGUGUUUGCCAUUGACUGUUUAAACUGGUGUGAGGUAGAGUUUAGUGCAGUACAAUUUUUCAAGGGUUAUCAAGAAGGUCUAGUUGAUAGCUAUGGCUGGCCCCAAAUUUUGAAGUUGAAGGACUGGCCCCCGUCCAGUUUAUUCGACGAGCACUUGCCACGACAUUGUGUCGAGUUUCUCAGUAGUUUGCCAUUUAGGGAAUAUACAAAUCCACAUAGUGGCUAUCUUAAUCUUGCUGUGAAGUUGCCACAGCAAUCAUUAAAGCCAGAUUUGGGGCCGAAAACAUACAUAGCGUAUGGAAUGGCUCAAGAGCUCAGCCGUGGUAAUUCUGUCACAAAGCUCCACUGUGACAUAUCUGAUGCGGUAUACGUGCUGACACAUGUUCAAGAAGUAACUCUUAAAUCUGCUCAUUGGGCCAAGAUAGAGGAGUUGAAACAACAGCAAAUUGCACAGGAUGAAUCAGAAUUUUGUAGGACAAUAUCGAAGUUGGAGGAGAGCCUAGGAUCUGACAAAGAAGUUGCUGGUAUUAUUCGUGUUAACAAAAUAAAUGGUGAAAUGAUGAGCCAAAACUUCAUGGAACACCAGGAUGUCGACGAGGAAUAUAUUAGAAAAUCGAAAGAAUUUGCUAGGAAUAUGGAUGUUGGAUCUUCGGAUAACAAUAUAGUGGGGAUUGAACACCCAGAUGGUGGUGCUCUAUGGGACAUCUUUAGGAGGCAAGAUUAUCUCAAGCUGGAAGAAUAUCUAAGGAAAUAUUACAAAGAAUUCAGACAUAUAUAUUGCCGUCCUUUGGAUAAGGUGGUUCACCCUAUCCAUGACCAGACUUUUUACCUGACUACAGAGCAUAAAAGAAGGCUCAAGGAGGAAUAUGGAAUAGAACCAUGGACAUUUGUUCAAAAACUAGGAGAUGCAGUAUUUAUACCGGCCGGAUGUCCUUAUCAAAUUAGGAAUAUGAAGUCAUGCAUAAAUGUUGCAGUGGAUUUUGUCUCUCCUGAACACGUUCGUGAGUGUAUUCAUUUGGCAGAGGAAAUUCGUGUGCUUCCUCAAAAUCACAUUGCCAAGGUUGACAAGUUGGAGAUUAACAAAGUGAUAUUCUAUGCAAUCCAACAAGCGGUGAGGGACUUGAAAAACUUACACAUUGAAGAAGGCAUCCAGACAUGUAAAACAUCUAAUUUUCUGUCUACUAGAUCCAAAUUUGACUGUGGAAAUAAUUUUGUUGAGGUAGUUCCUCAUACUACGAGCUUGAGUCAGCCUGUCAAUACUCCUCCUAUCUUGCAUGCUUCUCCUAACAGCUCUCAGCAAACUUCAAGAUCAAUUUCUACUGAGACGGUCGGACACUCAAAGCAGUUGGAAGACAGGCUAACAAGUAAUUUAUCCGAUAAUAUGAUUCCUCAAAUUCAGCUAGAUGAACAGACCAUCUGUUGCUACGAGCAGGUGCUGAAAAAGUGUUUAUCUGGAGACCUUAAAGAUCUUGGUAAAGACUCAGGACAUCAAGAGUUUAAUAAAGUCUUGACCAGUUUACUGGCUUGUCGAAAGAUUCCUUCCAAAUUACAUCAGGCGUUCAUAUCUCUACACAACGACUUGCCAAGCUUAGCUAGGAGAGCCUUCGAGCUUAACAAGGUCAUAACCCAAGGCAUGUUGCACAGGACCACAAUGAAGGAACUGGAAAGUUGCUUGACAAAAUAUCAUAGUUGUGAGGAUCACCUGCUAAAGCUGAAGCAGGAAAAAGAAUAUAACAUGUCAGAGAUUGCUAGGCUUCGGGCCAGGAAUCAAGUCAUAGACUCUGACAUAACCAGAAUUGCUGCAGAAGCGGAUGCCUUGCAAAAAGCUUCUGCCUCCCAAAGCCUUGAAGUAACCAACCUUGGUGUAGGUACCAUAGAUGAGACCGCUCUCCAACUUUCUAUCGAUGAAUUACGCAACAUGGAGGAUGAGUGGAGAAAACGUGCUGCGAUGUUGAACUUCUAAUCUAAUUCUUGCACAACAUUAAUUUACGUAUUUAGUUUGCUUCUUAUAAAAAGGAUGUGAUGCUUCACUGUAUAAGCUUCGAUACUGGAGUAUUGUUGUUUUUUGUUAGAGCCAGUGAAGAGAAAUUUUCACAUUAAUAGGGACUGUACUUUUUGGAAGCCAGGCUGCGGUUAGAAAGUUUCGGUGGAAGAGUAUUAAUUUUGUUUGAGUGAA